AAAUACCAGUUAAAUUUUGGUUAUGAGGAUUCUUUUUUUAAUCAGAACCUCUUUCUAAUAAAAUAUUAAAAUAUUAUAUUAUGUCUAAAGUGUUAAUUAUUGCUGGCAUUCUUUCACUUAUUCACUGUGGUUAUUCUGCUGCCCAAUAUCGAUCACAUCUUCGUUUAAUUGAACAAGACUUUGACGGAUUUUUACCAGUCGAUAUAAUUUUUCAAGCCUUGUUCAGCCUUUUUGUUUCUCUUUUUGGGAUUGUUCAAUUGUGCGAUGGAUUUAAAGAAAUUCGUGCUCUAAACGAAUUACAAUCAAAAACUUGUGAAACUUUGGAGAAUCGACCAUCAUUCUAUACAUUUAAUCAUCGUGGUUCAAUAAGUCACUAUAGAGACCAUUGAUCAGUAUCUCAUCUCAAAUAAUUCAUUCACUCUCUUUCUCUUUUUCUUUUGACUCUUUCUAUACAUCUUUCUUUUCUGUAUUUUUUUGUGAAACUUUCAUCCAAUUCAACUAAUACUUAAUAGAUUUCUUUUUUUUGUACCAUUCUUCACGUUAUCUAAAAUUUUCUUUUCAACUCUUCAAAAAUGUAUAUAUCACCAGCACCGCCUGAAUCGUUUGCUUAUGAUCCCGAGUGUGUAAUAUUAAAUAAAGCUUGUAAAGGUGAUGGCUGUCUCAAGGAAACAGUGAAUAGAUGUUCAUCAAGUCUCAAUGAUAGUUAUAGUCCACCAUAUCACUGCUAUGUAGUUUGGAAAAAUACAACAGAAGGUGUAUCAAUCGAGUUGAGAGGCUGUGUCUCUGGUAAAGAUUUUACUUGCAGUAAAUCUUGCAUUGAACGUAAUCGCUCACCUAAAAACGGUCACUUCUUUUGCUGUUGUUCAACUGAUUUGUGUAAUGAAAAUUUUUUACACUUACCUGCUGAAGAAGUCAACAAAAUUGAACUUGCACCUACUCAACAAACUACAACAUCUAACUUUGAUUCAGAUUUUUUUUGGAUAUCUAUUUAUAUUUUUAUACCCUCAAUCAUCAUCUUAGGGAUUAUCCUAAUCUUAAGUUGGUACCAACGUAACAAGUCACGAGCAUUCAAUGAAGAGUUAAGCAACAGUGAUGAAUCUACUCCUAUUAAUGAACAAUCCUUUUAUCGAUUUAAAAAUCUAGAGUUGGAUGGAGAGCAGUCUAGAGGUAGAUUUGGUGCUGUUUGGAGAGCUCGUUUACCCAAUGAAAGUGGUUUCCUCGAUGAAAAAUGGGUAGCUGUAAAGAUUUUUCCUGCUCACGAGAAAAAUUCUUGGCUUACUGAACAGCAGGUGUUUAUGUUACCUAAAUUUGAGCACAAAAAUAUUCUUCCAUUUUUGGGCUUUGAGAAAAGAGAAAAUGAUAAUGUGCCUUAUGGAAUCGAGUAUUGGAUCAUCAGUGAAUUUCAUGAGCUUGGAUCACUUUAUGACUAUCUUAAAAGUAAUACCAUUGAGUUUUCUGAUUUCCUGAAAAUUUCCGAAGGUAUUGCUUGUGGUCUAGCUCACCUUCACGAUGAAAUUCCUUCCACAAAAGCUGGACAAAAUAAACCCGCCAUUGCUCAUCGAGACUUCAAGUCAAAAAACGUUUUGUUGAAAUCAGAUUUGACUCCAAGAAUUGCUGAUUUUGGACUAUGCUUGGUAUUUUAUCCUGAUAGACCACCAACUGAUUUGGGACAAGUUGGUACUCGUCGUUAUAUGGCCCCUGAGGUUCUUGAAGGAGCUAUAAACUUUUACCGAGAUGCUUUCACCAGAAUUGAUAUCUAUGCUUUUGGCUUGGUUCUUUGGGAGCUAAUUUCUCGGUGUAAAGGGGAAGAUGGAACAAUCCUACCUGAUAAAUAUAUGUUACCAUUUGAGGAAGAAGUUGGUCUUAAUCCAACCUUGGAAGAUAUGCAAAGGGUCGUCUGUCAAAUGAAAAGAAGACCUGAAAUCAAACCAAUAUGGCGUAGUUAUCCAGCUACAAGUCAAAUAUGUGAAACCAUUGAAGAGUGUUGGGAUCAAGAUGCUGAAGCUCGACUCUCUGCAAGUUGUGUUAUUGAAAGAAUUUCACAAUUAAUGAAAUCCAAAACAUCACUGACAAUUGAAUGAAAUCAAUCAUUCGACAAUUCAAAUCGAAGAUUCAACUUACUUGACUACGUUUCAAAUUCUACACCAAAUAUCAUUAGAUUGGUUUCAGAUAUUCCGGAAUUCAUGGUCACAUCAAUUAUCACUUAAAUUUUGUCUACCUCAAAAAAUGUCCCAAUAUCAAAAGAUCGCUCACCAAACCCUCAAAAUUUCAUUUGUUUACAUAUUACCAUCAUCUGAAUCAAAAAACCUUGCUCAUCUCAAAUACAUCUUCAAAAGACAAAAAAAAUUAAUUUUUUAAAGAUUCCAGUUACCUACAUUCAUCUUCAUUAAUUGGUUCAUUCUUUGUAUUUAUCAUUAUCAUUAUGUAUGUAAUUUAAAAAAGCAAAUAUCUUUCGCAAAGCGAAAUCAAAAAUACUUUCUUCAAGUCAUUAUUUACGCUGUGCCGUAAAAUUUGAUCAAAACAUUGAAAUUAUUAAUUUUUUUUUGUUUUCUUCUAAUUUUAUCAAUUUAUUUUUGCAAAAUUAUUAUUAACAUCUAACCAACAAUUAUAAUUGAAAUUAAACAUUUUCAAUUCCUCUAAGUUAUCACGCCCAUUGUGAAAUUAACUUCCUUAAUUGUGAAUUUGUACCCACUUAAGUUUACUGUUUUGUUAUGGAACUCUUAUUCUGAUUAAAAUUAUUCAAGCAAUUAAAUUUAA